ACUCCGUCCGGACGCCCCUGCACAGCUGUUCCAGCAGUUGUAUUGUCCUCGAGAAUGAAGAGGUCAAAGGUGAUAACUCCUACAUCGACUCGAGUUAUCAGAGCAUCAAGUUCCAUCCGUUUCAACAGACAACCUGACAGAAGCGUCACAAAGAGGAGUUUGCUAACACAGUGAAUGCUGCAAGCAAUGGAACAAUGAACAAAGAUGGAGAUCAAGCAAUGAGGUCUUGGACUGAUUGGAAAAAAGGUGUCUUCAUCAGGGCAGCAAGAUUGAGAAGUCACGCUAAGGGCACAGGUGGUGGUGAUCCCCUCGACGACGAUUUGGAUACUCUGGAGAAAGAAUUACUGGACUUCUUAGGACCAGAGUCCUAUGGUAUACCCAAUAUUGAGGAAGGUGGCUUCCCAUCACGACAUUCUUCUUCAACUCGAGGAAACGAGCCUCCCCAGAAGAAGUUUCGAACUGGGAAUAACCGCACCGUGAGGACUGUCAACUGCACAUCUGGUGGUUAUAACCCUGUUACAUCGUUCGCCCACUCAACACACGUACCAAACAAAAAUGGUCCAACGAGAUCUUUAAAUAAUUUGAAAAAUUAUAAUAUUUAGCCAUCUGUGGAGAGGUAUGAGCGAAGCUCGUUCGACGGUCCUGGAAUGAAUUGGCUCAGUCAAAGUGGAAAAGACAAUGGAAAUUAUAAGUAUAAGCUGCACAUGUCUGCAAGAUUUCACGUCAUUUCUGAUGAAGAGGAAAAUCCAUCCUACAUGCACAGCUCCGGCGAAGAGAAGACUUAUAAAGAAUCAGACCAUCGCCAUGCAGACCAUCGCCAUGCAGACAAUCACCAUGCAGACCAUCACCGUGGAGACACGUACGUGGACUUAGAACAACUCGAUGAGGAGCUAGAUCAGGAGUUCCCUGAUGUUUCCGCGGAGAUUGGCAAUUACUUUCCUGAGCACUACGACAAUGAUGUCACAGAAACAUGGCCAAAUGACACAGGUGAUGCAGGACAAAAAUCCGAUGAGACUAAAACUAAAACGACAACUGCCUGUGAUCCAGCCAAAACUGCUGUGGAACUGCUGGAAAAUAAAAUGGAAUUUAAGAAAGAGGAGUCAGAGGCUACUGUGAAAUACAGAGAACAAAAAAUAAAGCUGGAGAUGCAAAUUUUCGAUUUUGAGAAAGACAAAUUCAGAGUUGAGGGGCAGAGACAUGAGGAGCUUGUUUCUUCAAUCAAACAGGUCAACGACACGCUCGUCGCAUUGCUACAGAAAUUACCAUAAUGGCGUUUAGUGAGUAAUUUUAAGAAUUUCAGAGUCAUCUCACAAAUUCCAAUGAUUAUUGAUAAUUUUCAUGGGCUGAAAAUAGAAUCUUAACGUCCAUUACAGUCGAAAUUUUUUCAAUUCAUUACUGAAGUGGUAAAGAGUAACAUGUUGAUUUUAAUUAAAUAGAACUAGGGGAGCGUGGGGCAAAAUGAAACAGUAGGAAAAUCUAGUAAUCUGACGGAGAUAGAACGAUUUCAUACAGACCUUCUUUGUAGCUUGUAAAAUUCUCUACAAAAAAGGUCUUUAUGAAAAUCGUCUUAUCUCCCUCAGAUUACUAGAUUUUCCUACUGUUUCAUUUUGCCUCGUGUUUCAUUCUGCCCCACCGUCCCUUACAAUUUCUCUUUGCGGCCAAAGUAAAUCGUUUCUUUUUCAACAUUUGUAAUGAAGAACAAUUGAAAAAAAAAUUCAUUACUUCGAAUGAAUACUGUAUGAAUCAAAUCAAAUCAAUUGCCACACUUCUUGUGAUUUUUUAUCCCCUUGUAAAUGCACUGAAAUUCCACGGAUUUUCGUAAUUGAAGAUGCAUAUUUUCGAAAAAAAAUCAAAUAAUAAAGGAAAUUUCACUACGAAAUUACAUAAAAUUAAAAUAGAAUGAGUUAUGAUAUUGUAUUGAUAAUGAUGUACUGGCGAUAAUCGUAAUGCUAAUGAAUUGAUGGAAAUAAAGUUUCAAGGAUUAA